AAGAGUUCCACAGGUCGGGCCUGUGGUCUGCCUGGAGAACUCAGUGGGAGACAGACAGAGCGAGGGAGAGAUAGAGCACGGUUCUUUUUGUUCCACACGUUCCAUUACCUUACAGCUUUAUAAAAGGGGGUGAACUUCUUUAACGUGGUUUCACACAUUUGAAGACAGGCGGCAGUCAUGGCAAUGAGGCCCCUCUCAGUUCUCCUGCCAUUUCUUACAGUGCUGCUAAGCUAUGCUGCAAUGGGAGAAGCGAGCGGCCCGGUCAUCUCCUGCUGUCUGAAGACCAGCAAUACCCAAGUGCGGCUGCAGCUGCUGCAGUCCUACCAGUUUCAGAACGGGGCCAUGUGUCACGGGCUAAAUGCAGUGAGUUUUAUCACUAUGAAAGGAGUCACCAUUUGUUCAGAUCCUUCAACGCCUUGGGCCAGAAAAGCCAUGUCUUACCUUCAAAAAAAGCACAAGUCUCAAUCCAGGAACCAUGUCUCUUUACAUGACCCAAAGAAGCUCGCGCUAACAAUGCAUGAGAAUUUAUCCUUCACAGACAAACUGGAUUCACACUGAUUACCACCUUUUGGACACUGAACUCAUGUUUCACUUCUUCUGGAGCACAAUUUGUUUACUGAAAUGGCACAUUAAUUUAUAUAUUUUUUGUUUAUGUUGCUCUCUGAUGUGAUUACAAAGUUAUUGUACACAAUAAUGACAAUCUGUUUAUUU